AUGGCGAUAACACUGCCUACGGUGGUUGUUCACCACAUAAAGUGGCAGUUUGGGCUGAGAAUAGCUAGGCAUGGCCUUGGAAAGGCUCAUGAUGGCCUCGUGGUGGUCAAAGGUGGCAGAGCACGGCGACAUCAUGCCGUGAACAGUUCUUUGAUUUCAAAUAGUAUGGAUUCUACUGCUAGUGGAAGUAGAGAUUGUGGAGACAAGGCCAGUGCUCCUACACCGACGGAGGACGGCGUUCGACUCCCAGUAGAUAUAGAAGGAGAAGAUGAAGAUAUGUUCAAUGAAGAGAAUGAGAUGGCAGAUGUGCCCAUUAAGCAAGAUCGACCACCACGGCCUUCUAAAAAACGGUCGUGGACAUGGGAACACUUCACUAAAAUUCUUGGUGAUCAUGUGAACCCUCAAGCAAGAUGUAACCAUUGUGGGAAACUUUGUGGUUGCCAUUCGAAGAAGCAAGGCACCAGUGUAUUGAUAGCACAUCUUACUGGUUCCCAGCGGUAUAAGAUUGCAAAGGGAUUGGCAGCCACUGGCACUGAUCAAACCAAGCUGAGUUACGAAACUCAAAUGGCAACUGAUGCUGGCGGAUCACAUGUUAAGAAGCUUAUAAUCCCUCAAUAUAGUGAGAAGAUGUUGCGAGAAUUACUUGCAGAGAUGAUCAUUACUGAUGAGAUGCCUUUUACCACAGUUGACAAGAAAGGCUUCAACAAAUUUGUGUGCUAUCUUGAGCCACGUUUUCCCAUGCCUUCACGGUAUACGGUUAUGUAUGAUUGUUUAAAGAGGCAUUUGAAGGAGAAGACGAAAAUGAAGGAGAUGUUUUCUCGGACUGGCCAGAGAGUGUCAUUCACCACUGAUACAUGGACGUCCAUACAAAAUGUGGGCUACAUGUGUAUCACAGCCCACUUUAUUGACAGUGAGUGGACACUGCAUAAACGCAUAAUUGGAUUUAAAGAGAUUAUUGAUCACAAGGGUGCAUCCAUUGGUGCAAUGAUGGAUGAUUGCAUUCAAGACUGGGGAAUUAAAAAAGUUCUUUGUAUCACAGUUGACAAUGCCAAUGCCAAUGAUACUGCAACUGAGUGGUUCAAGAGGAAUACAACGGUAAAAGAAGAUAUCAUUCGUGGACACGAGUUUAUACAUAUCCGAUGUUGUGCUCAUAUCAUCAACCUCAUUGUUUCAGAGGUGUUGAAGGAGGUUGAUGAUUCAAUUACCAAAGUCCGCAACAUUGUAAGAUAUGUGAGGGCCUCCCCCCAAAGGCUUGGCAAGUUUAAGGCGAUAGUAGAACAGCUUCAGAUUCCAUGUUCUGCCAUGUUGUGCUUGGACGUUCCGACUCGAUGGAACUCCACAUAUAUGAUGUUGGUAGUGGCGCAGAAGUAUGAAAGAGCGUUCCAGCGAAUGGAGGUCGAGGAUGGGGAUCUAAGGUAUGCUUUGAUGGAGUCUACUGGGGGGAGAAGGGGACUCGGUGCGCCGGAUGCAGUUGAUUGGGAUCGUGUGAAGUCUUUUGUUGAUUUUUUGAAGUUAUUUUAUGAUACAAUUAUGCGGAUAUCUGGAUCCAAAUAUUGUACUGCGAACUUGUACUUCGACGAGCUUUUGAGGAUUCAUGAACACUUGCAACAGAGUUAUGCUAAUAGUGAGGGAUUGUUAUUUGCUACGGCUAUGAGGAUGAAUCAAAAUGCUGAAGAGUUUAUUAGAGAGCUGAGAAAGGAUAUUGAUGACUUAUAUGGCCAGUACAACAAUAAUAGUCAUCCUACUCCAGCAAGUGGUAGUCGUAGCUCCUCACACUCGACUAGUUCGACAUCUUCUGGUGAUUACACUGCUUCUGUUGCAGCUAUUUCAUCACCAUUGGUGCAGCGAUAUCAUCAAAGGCGUGCAUCGAGGAAUAUUAUGCAGUGUAGAUCUAAGGUUGAACGUUAUUUGAUGGAAGAUGUCGAGGCACCUAGUGAUGCAUUUCAGUUAUUAACUUGGUGGAAGGUUCAUUCUACCAAGUUUCUUAUUCUUUCCCGAAUAGCCCGAGAUGUGUUGGCUAUUCCUAUCACUACAGUUGCCUCUGAGUCGGCGUUUAGCACUGGAGGUCGUGUAUUGGAUGCUUAUCGGAGUUCACUAUCAGCUUCAACUAUGGAGGCCCUCAUUUGUACACAGAACUGGCUAUGUGAAAUGCCCAUUGGAGUACAUAUCAUUGAUCCCGAGAGCUAUAGGCUUGAAUCAGACCUACUCGUGAACCCUAGCAUAGUUGCAUAUGAGUGA